AUGAAUUCCAUUGAGUUUCCCUUACUUGAUCGAACAACCAAAAAUUCAGUUAUUUCAACUACAUUAAAUGAUCUUUCAAAUUGGUCAAGACUAUCCAGUUUAUGGCCGCUUCUUUAUGGUACCAGUUGUUGUUUCAUUGAAUUUGCUUCAUUAAUAGGAUCACGAUUCGACUUUGAUCGUUAUGGAUUAGUACCACGAUCGAGUCCUAGACAGGCAGACUUAAUUUUAACAGCGGGCACAGUAACUAUGAAAAUGGCUCCCUCUUUAGUUCGAUUAUACGAGCAAAUGCCCGAACCAAAAUAUGUUAUUGCUAUGGGAGCCUGUACAAUUACGGGGGGGAUGUUCAGUACUGAUUCUUAUAGUACUGUUCGGGGCGUGGAUAAGCUAAUUCCUGUAGAUGUGUAUUUGCCAGGCUGUCCACCUAAACCAGAAGCCAUUAUAGAUGCUAUAACAAAACUUCGUAAGAAAAUAUCUCGAGAAAUCUAUGAAGAUAAAAUGAGUUCUCAACGAGAGAAUAGGUCACCAGGGGGACUGUUAGCUAGUGUGUAUCAUCUUACGAGAAUAGAAUAUGGUAUAAAUCAACCCGAAGAGAUAUGCAUAAAAGUAUUUGUUGCAAGAAAAAAUCCUAGAAUUCCUUCGAUUUUCUGGGUUUGGAAAAGUGCGGAUUUUCAAGAAAAGGAAUCUUAUGAUAUGUUGGGAAUCUCUUAUGAUAAUCAUCCGCGUCUGAAACGUAUUUUAAUGCCCGAAAGUUGGCUAGGAUGGCCUUUACGUAAAGAUUAUAUCGCCCCAAAUUUUUAUGAAAUACAAGAUGCUCACUAAAUAAGAAAA